AUGGACUUUUGGUCACGCCUCAUAGCGGGCACUUCCCUCGCCCCGAGUUCCAGCAAGGCUUCUAGCAAUAAUCCCGAGAAGCGUCUGGCACGCUUCAAGAAGGGGUACAACCAGCUCUUGCAAACAUGGCGUGGUGCAUCCAAUUUGUCUAGGGACCACGAAGCUGCCGAAGACAUCCGGGCUAGCCUUCAAGGCUUAACAGCCAUUAUCAGCGAUGAGACGAGACGCCCUUUACCACAUCCAUGCAUUACCUUUGCAUCUACGAAGCAAAUAUACGUCACUAUCGGCAAGAUAGCGACAACUUCGUACAAUGAAGGAAUCAUCAGGGAAGGGGUUGCGUUCUUUGCGACUCUGAUUGAUAGCGAAGAGGAGGACUUCGUGGAAAACGACACAUUCUCGAACAGUCUCAUGAACCUUUUGGUUCGCAUUACUGGAGCAAACAGCAUACGUCUGGGAUCGGAUACGGAGGUCGAGGUCGUGGAGCUGUCAUUCAAUAUCACCACCAAGAUCAGGCUUGAUCCGGAGAUCCUGCCUGCGUGGUUUACAGCACAGGAACGUAGUGAUGCAGAGGACGGACAAGAUGCCCACGAUAAAUUUACGGGAAAGACACACAAGGAAGACUUCCCGCUGUUCUAUCUAUUGAUAGACUAUAUCCAUCAUGAGGGCAGGAUAGGCGACUUUGCGAGGACGGGACUUCUGUACAUCAUCGAAGCAGCCUCGAGCUCUGUGGCUCUGGAACAAUGGAUUGUCGAAAGCGAUCUCGCCACAUUGAUGGCAACGGGUCUAGGAGCAUUGUACAGUCAACUCAGCCGAAAGCUGGUAAUUGACCAUGGCUUAGAAGACCUUCCACCCAUAUUGGCUUUCUCGGACUAUGAACAGCCGCAUACCUCAUCAGAUAUUGUCAGCUCCUCAUCUUCAGAAUUUCAGAUGCACAUGGAAACCUUUCUGUCACACUUGGUUUUCUGGCAGGAUGUUCUUAAUCACUGCAAAUCUGGCGAGGUGAAGCAGACAUUGCUAGAACAUUUCCAAGUCAUCUUUCUCCAACAGCUUUUAUACCCCUCGCUACUUGAGUCCUCGGACGUAGACGGGGGGUCUUCAGUAGCAGUUCUGACCUACUUACGACGAAUACUAGAGGCCUUGGAUCAUCCAGACAUGAUUCACCUCAUAUUACACUAUCUUCUUGCGUUGCCAGAUACAGUCCCUGCCCCGUCGGUGUCUAUAGCAUCUGUAAGUGCAGCAAGAAAACGAAAAUCGAUGGAUCUCGCAACCAUGAUGUCUACACAUGUCGAAGCGGUGUCAACUCCGGCACUUUUCAAUUUGGUUGAUUUGAUCCAAGCCAGCCUUCGGUCACUGAACGAGCAGACCAUUUCUGUCACAUUACAGCUAGUCUCUGUUAUUCUGAAGCGGCAUCACAGAUAUGCCGUGACAACCCUACUAUGGACCAGCAACGUGCUAGCUGAUGGUCCACAGCGAAGUAUCGGAGCCCACGAAAUGGAAAUGGACUUCUUGCUCACACUUGCCGGGAACAUCGGAGGUGAGGACAAUUUUGAUGGGCUAUACGAAAAUCAUGUGAAGGACUGCAUGAGUGCGUUGGAAAGCCAUGCCUGCUCAGUGACCCUGAUUGCGCCCAAAUCGCCUGGUACUUCGAAGUUCACUGGAACGCUACCCAAAAUUUCUGGUGCGCCUCGGGAAAUUCGGUCGCACACUCUACGAUCGGAGGACCCCAUGCUUAAAGCAUUGGUUCUCAUUCUGGCAUCGUUUUUUACGAACUCGGUAGAAACAAAUCUGUCUCUGACAGGAUCGAUAAUCGACCUGGCCACGUGCGGGUUCAUGAAGAUAGAUGGCUGGCUGCUGCCAGAUCCGUCCAAGUUCAGCUACGACGAUGAUGAGGAGGACGUUGGCUCUGAAGACCCUUUACUCUUGGGGUUUGGUGAUCCCAUAGAAGGGCAGGAAAAAGCACAGAUCCGGAACUUGAAAUUGGCUCGUCGGACACCGAGGUGGUCUGAGUCCCAGAACCCAACACUGCUCAAUCAAAUUAAGACUCUCGUUGACCAAAUUGCAACAUAUCGCUCUGAGAUUCCGCGCUUCGAUGAACUGCUCCAACAGCGUCGAGAAGCAUUCCGAUCUGCUUCGUCAGUUACCCCUGUUCCGAACCGACAACACACCCCUCACUCCCGCGCCAAUUCUCCGUCUCGGUCUUCAUCUCCUGCUCGGCUAUCAGCUCUCGAUGCUUUCGCUCAGCGCAUCUUCCCCGAACUCGGGACACCAUCAAGAUCCCACUCCCCGCGGGGCCGAAGAAGCCAGGAUCGUAGCAGCAGCGGGCUAGGAGCUCAUGGAUACGCUAACUCUGCAUCAUCACGCAACCCAGUGCUUCCUCCACAAUUUCCACUGGGCGUAGACCAUUCCGCACGAACCAGCCCACGUGCCUUUUCGCAUAAUCCCUUGCGAGCCGACGAGAAGAGUGGAAAAGGCAUUCCAGCUAGCCAAACAGCGGCAUUCGCAGCCGUAGACCAAAGUAUCCUCGCGCGGAAAGUUACACAGCCCCAACCAAAGAAUAGUGUGACUCCUAUUCCGUUCCCGGAUCUCAAAGGCGCGAGCAUAGACGAGGGUAAAGAAAGUAGCACUGUAGAGGCAGAUGAAAGCUCUGCAUUGAAUGAAGAGGAGAAAGAAGAGAAGGAAGAGGUGUCGAAGACGGUCAGCGUCAACCAUCUCCUGACAAAUGUGAUCGUGUUGCAGGAGUUCUUGCUGGAGUUGGCGGCUUUGGUACAGGUCCGAGCCGGUCUUUUCGGGGAGGUGAGGUAUGUGUAG